AUGAAUAGAGCUAUUAACUAUACUUCUCUCACCUUGAUCCCUAAAAAUGAUCAUCCUGUGACAGUGAAAGAAUAUAGAUCAAUUGCUGGUUGUACUGUUCUGAACAAAAUCAUUUCUAAAGUUCUUGCCUCAAGACUCCAGAAAGUUAUUGCAUCAGUAGUAUGUGAAGCACAGGCUGAAUUUAUUCCAAGCAGGAAGAUAUCAGAUAACAUCUUUCUUGCUCAAGAACUGGUGAAAUCCUAUACAAGGAUGAAUAUUUCCCCUAGAUGCAUGAUAAAAAUUGACCUUCAAAAGGCAUAUGACUCAGUAGAAUGGAUAUUUCUGGAGCAGGUCCUAGAUGAGCUUGGCUUUCCUAGACAAUUCACCAUGUAUAUCUUAGAAUGUGUGAAGACAGUUAACUAUUCUAUAUUGGUUAAUGGAAAACCCACAGCUCCAUUUGAUGCAACUAAAGGGCUAAGACAGGGAGACCCAAUUUCACCAUUUCUCUUUGCCUUAGCCAUGGAAUACUUAAAUGAUCUAUUGUUAUUCUCUAGAGGAGAUGUUGAGUCGGUUUCCAUAUUGAAUAGGUGUUUUUUGGACUUCUCUUCUGCUUCAGGACUUCAAGCUAACAAAGAGACGAGCUCCAUUUAUUUUGGAGGAGUCACUCAGAUCAUUCAAGAUCAAAUCCUGCAUCUGUUAGGAUUUCCAAAAGGAGAGCUCCCCUUCAAAUAUCUGGGAAUCCCCUUGUCCACUAAAAAGAUCUCUUUACUUCAGUGGAAACCAUUGAUCAAUAAAAUGGUAGCCAGAAUCUCAUCUUGGAUUGCAAAGAAACUCUCAUAUGCAGGGAGAUCUCAGUUAAUCCAAACAGUCCUCUUUAGUAUUCAAGCAUAUUGGUCUCAAUUGUUUUCUAUUCCUUCAAAAGUACUAAGUACAAUUGAGGCCUAUUGUCGAAGCUACUUAUGGUCUGGCACAAACACAAUCACAAGGAAAGCUCUAAAUGCUUGGGAUAAGGUUUGCACUCCAAAGUCAAUGGGUAGCCUAGGCUUGCUAAAUAUAAGACUAUGGAAUAAAGCUGCAAUAGCUAAGGCAAGUUGGGAUAUUGAAAAUAAGGCAGAUAGAUUGUGGAUCGGGUGGUUAGAUGCCUACUACAUCAAGAAUCAGCAAUUCAGUCAAAUGUCUAUCCCUCAACAGGCAAGAUGGAUGGUGAGGAAAAUAUUUGAAGCAAGAGACACAGUGGCAGUAAUUCAAGAUAUCAAAACAGGCAGCUUAAUCAAGCAGAGUUACCUUAAGCUUAUUGGUGAUAAUGAGAGAACAACUUGGAAGACAUUGAGAUUUGGAAAUGAUGCUAGACCAAAAGCUCAAUUCACAGUGUGGUUGCAGAUGCAUGGGAAACUAAUGACUGUUGAUAGACUUGCCUCCUGGGGGAUAAAUGUUGAUCCUAUAUGCAAUCUAUAUAACAGUCACAAUGAAAUAAGAAAUCAUGUAUUCAUGGAGUGUCCUUUCUCUAGCAAAGUCUGGGAAGGAGUGUUGAAAUGGGUGCAGGUUCCUCUCUUCAGGACAUCACAAUGGGAACAAAUGGAGAAAUGGAUCAUUAAAGCAUCAAAGGGUAAAUCACAUAGAGCUCAAAUCUUUAAGUUGGCUUAUACUGAAUGGGUACAUACAAUGCGGAUUGAGAGAAAUCAGAGAAGAUUUGAAAAAAUAGCAAAGAGUCUUAGUCAAUUGGUGAGGGAGAUUGCAUAUGUUUGUAAUAUCCGGGCAUCUACUAGAAUUAAAAAACUGGUUCAGCAGCUUAGUAUUUAG